GAGUAAAUCUUCUCCGUGAUAGCAAAUACAUCAUCAAAAAACAACAACACGUGUUCUUUACUCUCUGAAACAAACUGUACAUAAAAUGUCUUACUUCAAGCCUUUGGAAAUUAAGAGUAUUUUGACUAAAAAGACUGACCAAUUGGAUCUUGUCAGACCAUUAACAAAAUUUAUUUCGAUACAAUAUGGAGAACAUAUUUUGAAAGAUUAUGAAACUCCAAUCUCUGCCCUUCAACAACGUAGAAAUGAAAUGAGAAAUUUACAAGAGAAGAGUGAAGGAUCAAGGGAUUUAUGUAUUAGAUAUGCUGUUGAUAUGAUGCAAGUUGCUAGCCAUUUCCCAAUUGAUACAGGUGUUCAACGUAUACAAGUACAAUUCUCUUGGUAUGACAGUCUUAGUCGUGCUAGAACAACACAAGGAAAUUCAAAUUUUGAAAUUGCAAACGUUUUAUUUAAUAGUGCUGUUUUAUCUCAUCAACUUGGUACAUCACAAAAUAGAAAUUCCGAAGAGGGUUGUUUGGAAGCAGCCAAACACUUCCAAAGUGCUGCCGGAAUGUUUACCUAUAUUCAAAAGAAGGUGUGUCCAAAUAUUGUAGAAAAACUUAAUCAAGAUUUAACAAACGAAGCUUUGGAAGCAUUAGUUUUAAUUUGCUUAGCCAAUGCUCAACAAUGUAUUUGCGAAAAAGCUCACAAGAAGAAUAUGAAAGGAGCAAUUUUAUCAAAGUUAUAUAUGGGUGCUAGUCAUAGUUACAAGCUUGCUGCUGAAGUUAUUGAUGCCUCCAACACUACAAAGAAUCUCUUUGACAAGACAUGGAAGUCCUAUCUCAGAUUUUGUCAACACUACUUUGAAGCUUUGGCAUCCUAUCUUAUUGCUUUAGAUCUUCAUGAGGAAAUGUGCAUUGGCAAGGAAAUUACAAGAAUUAUCCAUGCUCAAAAUUGUCUUGUUGAUUGUUCCGAGCAAAGAGUGACUGGUAAUUUAAAGCUUGUUAUGGAUGAAUUGGAUCAAGUACUCAACAAUUUGUUAAAGACUGCUCAACAUGAAAAUUCAAAGAUUUAUCACGAUCGUGUUCCUGAAUUGAAGGAUUUGGAACUUGUUGAAGCCAAGACAAUGUCAAAGAUUCAAGAAGUUAAUGAAAUUUCCGAUUUAUUGAAGGAAAAGAUUGCUGAUCCAUUCUUUAACCUCUUCCCUAUUCCAGUUAUGGAAGCCAAGCAAAAGUAUGAAGAAAAUAUCAAGAAGAGAAUGAAUGAAGUUUUUGUUCAAGCUCGUCAACAUCGUGAAUAUAUUAGAAAUGAACUUUCAAAGAUGGGACUCCCUGGAUCAAUUUUGAUGGUUGACCAAAAGUCAGGAUUCCCAGAUGAGGUUCACCACAAGAUCUCCAAGAUCAACUUGGAAGGAGGUAUCAAUAGAUUAUUUGAAUUGAAGCAAACAUUGGAUGAAAUGUCUGGUGAAACCAAGAAUCAACUCGAUUCCAUCACUAAAAAGCUCGAUGAAGAACAAAAGGAAGAUGAUGAAUGUCGUAUGCAAUACGGAGCUAACAGAUGGCCAAGAUUGGAAAGCGCCAAGCUUACUAGCAAUUUGAGAAAGCAAAUAACUGACUAUCAACAAAAGCUGAAGAUUGCCAUCAACUCUGAUAGUUUGAUUGAUAAGAAGAUUUCUGAAAACUCUGAAGGAUUCAAAUGGUUCUCUCUCGAUAGUAAGACUUUGAAUGACAAGAUGCCACAAAGUCUCUCUCAAAUCAUGGAACCAAGCUCACAAUUUGGCAAGUCAUAUUCUGACCUCAAGUUAUAUUUGGCACAACUUGACGAUAUUCUUGAACAAGAACUUGCCAUUGAGUCCAACAUUUCCAAUUCAUUCAAAUUACAAGAUAAGGAGAUUGAACUCAAACUUUUAGCUUCUCAAAGUAAUUUGGAAUCUUCUGUACAACAAUUAUUACAAGAACAAGAAGCCAAGUUUAAGGAACUUUUGGUUGAUUUCCCACAAAAAGAAAAUACCUAUCUCCAAUCCAUUCAAGAAGCAAACAGAACUUUUGAACAACACAAGUCUCAAAAUUCUAUUCAAAGUCAAAGAGAACAAAUUUUACAAUUCAUUUACAAUGCUAUCAACAAGUAUAAUGAAAUUAGUGCCAAUUUGCAAGAAGGUAUCAAUUUUUAUACAACAAUGCAAGAAAUUACCAAGAAACUUGCUAAUCGUAUUGAUGACUUUGUUUUUGCCAGAAGAACAGAAAAACAAGAUAUUAUGGUCAAUAUUCAACAACAAAUUAGUGGUGUUACAAUUGAUCCACAAUAUAAUUAUUCCUCUUCACAACAACCAAAACCAGUCCAUGGUUCAAACACUCCUGUAUAUUCAUCAUCCACUAUAACUUCUCAACCAACAACCACCAAUACAACCAGCUCAUCGCAAUACCAACCUCAAUAUCAAUACCAACCAAACGCUUAUCAACAACCACCACAACAAUAUCAACCACAAGUUGCCUACCAACAACAACCUCAAUACCAACAAGCACAACCAUAUAUGCAAGGAAGUGGUAGCUUUACUCAACCUCAAUUCCAAUACGUACAACAACAACAACAACAACAACCUUACUACAAUCCAAACGCUCAAUACCAACAACAACAACAACCUUCGUAUCAGAAUCCUAAUCAACCCCAAUACAGAAGAUAAAUAAGCUCGUACCAUAUUAAUAUCAAUUAAACCCAUUAAACCGCACCAGUGUAGUCUCAAUUAGCUCAAUAUUUUAAUAUCGUAAUACAUAAUUACUAGCAAGAGAGAAUAAAUAUUUUGUGGGUGCCGUGACCAUUCCAAG